GAUGGCAGCUUCUGCUCCGCUACCAUUCCUAUCCGCUAGUGUCCUCCUCAGGUUGUCGUGCUAGGCGCUAACUCCGAAAAGAGCUCAAACCUGCACCUGCUCAAGACCGCAGCUCGCGCGCCACAAUAUCAGCGCCAUGCGGGACAAAUCGGAAGAGGAGUUGUCGACCGAAGCGACCGAUCAGCCGAAUGGCGACAUUGCCCAGGGUGAAUGCGAGCCACUGCAGCCACAGCAGCAGCAGCAGCGCAGCAAGACGGUCUCCGGCACGGGCUCUUCCUCCGGAGAAGCAGCAGCAGCAGCCCCAGAGGCGCCGUCGUGCGAACUGCGCGAGGUGGCCAGCCAGUUCGUGAGUGACCUGAUACACCGUGCCCGUGAGGUGGCCCAGAGGCAGCAGUUCCGCAUCGACGAGGUCGACGAGGAAGACGAAGAGGAAGACGUCCCUCCGCCGCGGAGGCUCACCGACAUCACGGCGGGACCAGUCAAGACUCCUCCCGAGAUCCAGGUGGACCUGGUAGGUUCCCGGACGCCCAGUCCGGAAGAGAUCGUCACGUACGUGGCGCCCGAGCGGUCCACGAAGAAGAAAGUGGUGGUCCUCCACGAGGAGCCGUCCGAGAGCGAGGAAGACACGAGCGGCGAAGCCAGUCCGGACAGUUCUCCGCGCGCCAAGCUCAUCUCGGAACCACUUUCCCAGCAGCAGCAGGACUGUCCGGACAUUGCCAACCUCAAGAAUGAUCCAGAGCUCCGGGAGUUUGCCGUCGCCUACAUCAAGGGAAUAUUGGAGCAAGCUCAAGUUCUUGCCCAAGAGAGGGCGCCGGAAAAGGCCGAGGAGCUUGUGACAGAGAACACGGCGUUGAAGAAGGCCGCCGGACCGUGGUACUCCCGCAUCCGGGCUGCCGUAACCCGCUGCCUUCGCACCGGAUGCCUGUGCGUGGUCCGGAGGCAGGCGCCGCCUUGAAGCCGCCGACAUGGUCGCCGGCUUUCACUGUAUCGCCAUCGACUGUGCCGAUCCGCCCUGCAGCCGUCAUCUUCUCGGCGCGCUACGCCGUUGUCUUUACCACGGCUCCCAAGAAGGUCGGCACGGGCAUCUCUAUCUGUAUGUGUCACUGCUGCCUCCGGUAGUUGUAUUGUACACGCGACCCUGGUGUUGUUGUAUAUAUGCUGCUUCCUUUUCGUGGCCGUAAACUCUACAUCUGUCGGAAUACGGAAACGCCCGAGUAGACCCGAUUGACAUACCGCGAAUUCAUCCUCAAUUGAUCGUUUCUGUACUCGAAGAAGGCUCUGUCUCAAAUGUCCUGCGUGCGCGAUUGCUGUAGAAACCGUUUUGUUUUAUAAUGUUCUUCUUCUUCCUUUUGCGAAAAAUAUACGGAGUCGCACGCGAGUGUACAGUCUCCAUCGCUGUGUCAUGUGUUUCCCAGAAUGUGCUUGCCCUUGUGGUUGGUAACGUCUUCGCCGAAGUAUUUGCGGGAAGUUAGUGUCUCUUUCCAUGGCGAUAACCUACACAAUCCUCGUAUAUAUCGACCGCUGUCGUCAGGCGCUAGUUGAGAGCGCCUGCUUGCCCUCUUAUCGUCGCAACAACCGGUGACUGCAUGGUCGUAAACACGCGCUUCUAGUUUGAGUGAACGCCGGUAUAGUUAGCGUACAAUUAGCGGCGCACGGAACGCCGUCAUGACGCUCGCGCCUGCCGAACCGAGUUCUGAAGAGCGUGGACCAACAUGGCGUGUCGAGUUCACGCCUGAGGCCUCAUUCGGGUUUGUCUAUAGCGAUGCUUCGCUUGGUUACGGCUUACGCGACGGGCGAACAAGAAUACGCGAUUCUGAGCUCUAACGCUAUAUGCUGGUUAAUAAGACGGCGGGAACUCGGAAGGCGACGCGCCGCAAACACUGUUGCUCGGCGUGUUUGAAGCCCCGAGUUAGGCCUUUGCGCGAGGCCUAAACGAGUUAUAGCGUGACGAAGCGUUUCGAUCCGAGUAUCCUGCUUCGUUUAUGCUCUUGGGAAGCACAGUUGUGCAGCGUAAUAUCGGCGUGCUAUCGGGCAACGGUAAAAGCUGUUCCGAAUCGAUCGAACCAAGGUGCUGGUCCUUUAAGCAGCAUGCGUUCCGCUCUAUGGCGUGUUUGCGACGAUUGGGGCACAGUGGUUAGACCAUGGGUAAACCUAUACCUGGCGCGUUCUAUAAAAGAAACAAAAAUAUGAGCAUGUAUAUAUAGGAGACAAGCUCUACGAGGUCGAUCCUGCCUCUGAUGCGAGGUCACAUUACGGCGCAUCGUGUCUGUUUCUUGCCCUAUAUUAUGUGUCCCAUCUUCGCACUGUUUUUUGUCACCGUAAAUCACAUUACAGAAUUUGUGCACUGCGUCCUUGACGUCGCGUACAAUGCAAGCGCUUUCUGGACAGUGCGAUUAAGAGGGCGCUUUUAGUACACGGGAGUGCACGUGUAGGUAAACCAAAACCUGGAGCCACAUGCUGCUGGUCUCCUUUAACGCCACCAUUUUAUUUUUAUUUUUUAACGAGGGGUCUCGCGCUGUCUCGAACAAGACGAGAACGGCGCAGGUACGUGCGAACGUGUUGGCAGCGUAAGCGUGCCGUGCACUUCUCGUUGCGAUACGCGCAUGCGCACUGUGCACAAGGUAGCGCUCGCGCGUGUAUACUGACGCUCUCUCUUAUCUCUUCACGUUGAGAAAUGCGAUGGGAAUGUGCCUGUGUUGUUGCAAUUGUUAAUCAUUGACGCCGCGGGAGUCUAAAAUAACUACGUUGCAUCUGUGACGUCCGAUUAGAAGUGGGCCCGCAGUUCCGGAUAUACGUCUGCGACAAAACGUGCAUGACAAGUAGCCGCACCACCUGCGCAGUGUUGAUAAGGGGAGCUAAUAUACGUGCGAAAGCGUGUAUAGUGACUCGGCAUUGCCGGUCAUAUAUAAAUGAUGGCGCCAACAUUCCGCGCGCGUCAUCUGCAACCGAGUUUAGGCGGUGCGUACGAAAUUUUGAUCCGGUGAAGCGAAAGAAAACCAACGCGUCUACAACACAUCCGGAGCCACCGAUCGAAAAAUGCAUUCAUCUCACUGCGGGCAAGGCGCAGCAGCGACACCGUUUCACUAGCUUCGGUUAGUACGCAGUGUUUGUUUGUUUUCUUGCAUGGAGCGGGGCGUCCACCGCCCUCGAUGUAACACCCCAGUGCCACGAAACAGGUGCGCGAAUCAAUACUUUCCCAACUCGGGUGUUGCGCGCUCGCAGUUUCCCAUUGCUCGAACACCUGGCGGUGGCGUCUGUGCACUUAGCUUUAUAUCUUCGGCGUAAGGAUUCGCGAGCGUGUGUGUUGCAUUGAAAAGUCUCUUUGGAAGUAGAAUCAAGUGAGCGUCGCAUUUAACUUAUGUCAUACGUGAGUGGAACGCGCACAAUGCAUUCGGCUCGCGCCUUGAGAAUUGGCGGGCAUUUCGAUGUCGCCUCGAUUGGGAGCCGUUUCUGUGAGGUUUACAAGGGGCCCCCGAAAAUAUUCUUUAAUCGAUCGUGCACGUUCUCGGGCUCUAAUCCACUGCCGUCGGAAGCCGCAAGUGUCGGUAAAUAGGUCGCGCUUCCCGCAGCUGUUGAUGCGGAUUGCAAGAUGGUGCCCGUGUAUACGCGUACUUAGAUUUAGGUGCACGUCAAAGAGAAAUUAGCCCGGCGCCUUUCGAUGCGGCACCUUUAAUAUUAUACCAGAUGUUGCAUAAUCAUCAGUCGUUAUCACAAAAGCAUGACUUCCGAGAUCCGGCGGCGCGCCGGCAGAUCUCGGAGGCUGUAAGCAGACGCAAGAAAGGUGACAAAGCGGACACUAUAUAUUCUAUAGCGUUCGUCACUAUACUCAAACGUAUGACGUUUGUAUUGUUACCUUUCUUGUAUCCGCUUUGUAAACGCUAUGGUUAUUACUUUAAAAAGUAUACCGUGUGUCCCGGAUAACGUUAUCCAAGCUGCUCAACGAAAAAAAAAAAAAUUAAAGAAACGAUUAAAAAGAAGAACGGUGAAAGAUGCAAUUAUGAAACCUACGGUGUUCGGUUGUCAUAGGUCUGAGGAAGAGAACACUGUAGGACUUAUGAACAGCUUGGCUAACGUUAGCUGCAUGGGAAACCCUAUAUAAGGCUUCUCUUCAUCUCGUCACCGCAAACCGUGCGUUAACGUGAAGGCUUGAGCUUGACGCAGCAUCCCGCUUUAAUGGACUAUAGUAUGUCAUACUUCUCAACCAUUCUAAGCCUCUUAAUUGCGCAAUUCGCCGAUUCGCUUGUGAGCUUGUUGCUGUUCUUCCGUAUACUGCAUGGGCGAUCGCCUAGUGUUGGCUGGCGUCUUUUGUAUAUGACGCAGCAGAGUCGGCGAAGGCUUGGGAAAGAUUGAGGCACGAGUGAAAGCGUUAUUAUAUAGAGGUUCGCGGACCGGCGGACAAAUGAUUUGAGCGAUGUCAUCAGAGACGUUAUAGCGUAUAUAAUUGCAUUUCACAGAGUUCGAACGUGCACGGCGGCAGCGCUUCGGCGUCCUUUUGUUAUGGCAGGUGAUUCGUUAACAGACUACGGAUGACAUAUGUAUAUGUGAGCCGGCGCCCUGUGUGAGUUUCACAGUGCCGCUGUCAUUGUUUACGCAGCAAAUCGAUCGUCAGAGCCGUGCAGCUUGCAUUCGCGUUCAUUAAUUCGUGUUAGCAGGCUGUCGCGGCGUUUGUUUUCCAAACUUUUGCCCGCGGAAGCAGAGAUGGAAAUAUAGGCCCCUAUACCUUUCCCAAUGGAUUGAUUUUCAUUAGGUAUUUUUACGAAGAGCUGACGAAAAAAGGUACGACCCGCCAACAUAUGAUUAUAUUGACACUGUACACAUGAUCAGAACACGACAUUACUUGGCGUCUUUUGUUAUGCAUGCAGGCAUUCACAUACGGGCGUAUUUUUGUUCCGCUAUUUCUCAGCCUCCUUGACGAUGCUGGCGGUCACGCCUGCAUGUGAUUAUAAUCCCACACGACCCUGUGUCCCAUCUAGGCAUGCGUAAAUGCGCGAAACACAAAGAUGGGGAAGGAAUAUUUUAAUGGGCACGUCUGGCAAUUAGCUAUAAGCGAUUCUUCUUAUACUUUUUUUUUUUUUUGAAGAUUGGGUGAUGGUACGGCUAGCGGCAUUAAACGCGCACCAUGAGCGAACUCAAUGAGCAGGUGGGACAUAUAAAAAGAAAUAAUAAUUCUGGGAUAUUACGUGCCAAAGCGUGACCUGAUUAUGAAGCACGCCGUAGUGGGGUACUCCAGCUUUAGCUUGAUCACCUGGAGUAUAUAAUUUAACGUGCACCUAAGCCUAAGUACACGAGUUCUCUUGCAUUUCGCCCCCAUAGAAAUCCGGUGGCUGCUGCCGGAUCGAACCGGUGACUUCGAGCUCACCAGCGCAACGCCAUAGCCACUGGGCUACGUAUAGCGCGGCGGGUCGGCGAGAAAACCAAGUGAGGCGGCGUACACAUUCAUCUUAGCGGAAGAUAGAGAGAGAGCCAGAACUCGGGGAAGGCUGAUGAGCAGGCCUUCUUUUUCGGCGUACUCCAUUGCAAGGCAGAUUUGACGGUACACGGCGAUUUAGAUAAUAUGCGAAAUUCUGUGCGUACGCUUUCCCCGCGCAGUAUAUAUAUGUGCCUAUAGCCAAGGUGGCUGACCACAGAAGUAUAGCACUGAAGAAGUUCGCUCAGAGGCACGCUGCAAGAAGCAUGGGUGGUGCGAGAGCCGGAGACGAACAGCAAUGGUGACAACCCAGUCUGCCCGACGACGUGUGCUCCUUACUUACGAUUCUGUAGGCCGAGGUCUGCCGCAUUGGUUAGGUCAGACGAGAUGUGAGCAGAAGCCCAGUAGUGGAAUUCCGUCUAUUACCUAUUGUGCGUUUAAGAAAGACACGCUCGACGAAAGAAAAAAAAAUCCAGCAGCACCCAUCUCACGACGAACGUCGACGUUAAUGCGAUUAGCAUUGAAUCAAUGUGGCGACAACACUGUAUUGGCAACGUCGAAACAUUAUGCAGCUUUUUCUCGCGCUUCUUACGCACACGCUGCGCCAUCCAGUGUCGCCGCCGUAAAGUGUGCGCGUGGCUCGGAUUCGAUUCUGUCGGACAUCGGAGAAAUUUAAAGGAUCGUGGACUAACCAGGUUGGCGGCAAAACAGUUCGAGGCAUAUAUAGAUAGAUAGACCGCCCCCGAAAAGUGCGUGAAAUACCCUAAGAAUGUUCAUCGCAUUAAUGGCAUUGGACGUACAGCGGUGGACAGAGGAAGGAACGCGGUACACGACUGUCGCCGUCGCGUACGCCGUUUGCUUAAUGGGGUAGAUAUGUCCUGCCCACUGUUUCGUUCUUCUAAUGCAUCUUCCUGCCCGGGCAGCCAAAUAUUUGCCCGGUGGCUGGCAGUGAGACAGGCUCUCACGCGAAGGAACCCUCACGCUCAAUUUCACUUGUACAGACAAAAGAGCCCUCACGUGUCGCUCGCCGCGUGUUUUCCCCCUUUAACGCCACCUCCUUCCUGCGCAUAUGCUUGCACCGUUUCACUCAGGAGAACGCGCCAGCCAGAGCAACUGAAGGCAGCGGUAUACGGCCACGUGCUGUCACAUGAUCAAUCGCACGCCCUUACUUCCUGAAAUACUGACAGAGCCACAUCGUGUGUUGCUUGAAGCGCGGUGCUCACUCGCACCACUGCAGGUACAGGGUUCAGCACCUUCUCACGGGACACGACUAGCUGGAGUGGGCGAAAAAAGAAGAGAACUAAUAAGGACUAAUAAUUAAUAAGAUAAUAAUAACUAAUAAGAAGAAGGCAGGCGCAACUUUUAUAUGAAGGGAAGUUAAUCUGUCUACAUUCGCCCUCGUCCAUAAUUAGAUUUCGCUCACACUUUUCAGCAAACUGCCGUUUCACACCCUUCAAUGUGUAUUCACAUAACCGUUCUCACUUUCGUAACUUCUAUAGCAGGUGACGCCAUUAUCAGUGUUUGCGAUAGCUGCGCAAAAUGUAUACCGCGUUAUAGUACAGGCGGAAACGUAUAUUGCGCGACGUUGCCUACGAAGGCGUCCUGGGGCGGUAUUCUGUAAGAGUCUACCUAGUGGACUGUCCAUUUCGGCUGUCGCUGAUUGGCUGCUCCUUGACGUGCAGGAAGGAGACUGGCUGGCACCUUCCUGCACAUCAAGCAGCAGCCAAUCAGCGACAGCCGAAAUGGACAGUCCACUAGGUAGACUCUUACAGAAUACUGCCCCUGGUUUCAUUGCACGUGAUGUUGCGCCGUUGGUGUAUAGCGCAGAAAUUGCUCGCGCACGGCGCGAGGCAGGAGUAUGUCACGUGAAUUGACAUCAUGCACGCUCACGGUAGCGCGACUCUUGCCUUGAUAUAUACAUAUGUAGGAGUGCACCAAAUAUGCGUGAUCUUGCUCUCUGUGGUAUAUAUAUAUAUAUAUAUAUAUAUAUAUAUAU